UUUUUAUAACCUAUGGAUGAGCUUUCAGAGCUUGAACGCUUAGAACAGAAGAUUACACUUGCUUUGUAUGAAAUUGAUGCUAAUUUUAAUCGUUGCCAUCGAAUUGUUACGACAAAGAUUUUGCCUAUUAUCGAGGGCUAUGCUGAGCAUUCUCGGCGUAUCUGGGAGAAUUCGAAGUUUUGGAAACAAUUCUUUGAAACCAGUGCUAAUGUCUCACUUUCGGGUUAUGAAGAAUUAUCUCAAGAAAUAUCAGGGUUAGAAGAAACAAGUAUAGAUGCAGGAGACAUAGGAGGAAUAACAGAAGGAAUAAUUGGAGGAACAUCGGAAGCCAAUGUCAUAGGUGAUACACCAUGGACUUCUACACCUCUUGAUAUCUCUACACCUCAUGCUACUUUACCAAUGACAACGUCGGAUGCUAUUACGUCGUCACCGGUAGGUGGAUCAUUAACACCCCUUAUGUCACCAGCAACACGUAUUAAGAAGGAAAAUCCAUUACUACAUCGUGUUUUGGAUAGUACAUGGCGUCUUCAAGUAACACCUCAUAUACCUUUUGUUCAAUCAUCGAUAUCUUCAUCAUCUCCAGCAUUUACAUCAUGGUUUACAAAAGCUAAUUUAGAAACGCGAGAAGAAGAGGAUGAUUUGGAUGCAUCUUUACCAAUUGGUUUGUCACCGCCAGUGACAAUGCAAUUUUCAUUACCACCUUCGAAACUAUUGAAAACGCCAGCACGUGAAGCGGCGCGCUAUGUUGUGGAUGAUAUUUUACAAACGGUAGGGGCAGAAAAAAGCUCAACUCGUCCAGAUAUAUUCGCACGUGUUGAUGAAGAAAGUCCGUUAGCUUUGGUUGAUCAGAGUGGAGUUAAUCGGGUACACACUCUUAUAGAUGAAUAA